AUGUUCAACGUGUCGGCGCUCGCUGGAGCGACGCCUUCUAUCGCUUCGGUAUCAUCUAUCGCGACGAGGAGCCCAUCAGAGCAGCAACAUGGAUCAAGUAUCGGAGUGGUGGUGAAUGAUGGCACUUCUCGAACUGGAGAUGGUGGCGGCGCCGCUUCAUCGGCUUCAAGUGCAUCGGCGGCGCCACCACAACAGCAGUCACAAUCGGCACUUCAUAACAAACUUGAUACCAAAUGGGACAGUCUGAAUACUGGAAACCUGGAUACCAAUUUACAAUGCGCGGCGGCAUGGACGGAUAUUCCACUUCUCGCAGGAUACUCGACAGCACCCACCUUCCCAUUCGAUCAAUGUGCAUACGGUAGCUAUGAUCCGUCGGCGGCAUACUUUGCUUCAAAUGGAAUUGCAGGACCAAUGUACACAUUGCCACCAGCAGAUCCGUUUCAGCGUCAGGAGAAUGAUAUGAUCAAUGGAAACGGAGCGAAUGGGAUCAAGGGAGAUAAGAAUGACAUCAAAGCAGAAGACGAUGAAGAGAUCAUAGACGAAAUGGACGAGGAGAAUGACGAGGAGGACGAUGGAACGGGAAAGCGAAAGAAACGAAAACGACGAGUCCUGUUCACAAAAGCACAGACAUACGAGUUGGAGCGACGAUUCAGGACACAAAAAUAUUUGAGUGCACCCGAAAGAGAGGCGUUGGCUAUGCAGAUCAGGUUGACACCGACUCAAGUGAAGAUUUGGUUUCAGAAUCAUCGGUACAAGACCAAGAAAAGUCAUCAGGAUAAACCAAUCAACACAUCUAUCCUGUCAGCAAUGCCAAACGCAUUCUCAAGUCAAUCAGCGACGACUACAUUCCCCACAAGAGCAAUGCCUAUCCCUAUGCUGGUCCGCGGUGGUGAUUCCUCUGCCCGUUCCUCCGACAUCGCCUCCUCAUCACCCUACACAGUGGCAUUCGGAAGUACAAAUUCUGGCUACCUGCCGACGCCUUCUGCCUACCUUCCAACCACUUCCGGGUAUUUCUCAAAUGGACCCGCCAACGCCUCCUCCUACAUGACCAACACUCAGUGGUGGCCCUCGUAA